UUCCGCCUGCUCUGCGCGGUGGCCAUGGCGGCGGCUUCGGCGGCUCACCCUAGCGGAGCCAAGAAGACGAUAUCUCCCGGUGUCGACCGGAUCAGCCUCCUACCCGACGAGAUCCUCGGCGCCGUCAUCUCCUUCCUCCCCACCGAUGCCGCUGCCGCCGCGCGCACCGGCGCCCUCUCCCGCCGCUGGCGCCACCUCUGGCGCUCCUCGCCCCUCGACCUCGACGACCGCCACAUCCCCGGCCCCAGGGACUGCCCCGACCGCGCCGGGGCCGUCUCCAAGAUCCUCUCGGAGCACCAGGGCCCGGUGCGCCGCCUCCGCAUCGAGAGCAUCGGCGACCCCGACCUCGGCGCGUGGCUGCGGUCCCCGGCCCUCGACAAGCUCCAGGAGAUCGACAUCGAUGCGCCCAGGUACUCCGAUCCGCUGCCGCUGACCACGCUCCGCUUCGCGCCGGGCCUCCGCGUGGCCAGGUUCGUCAGCUGCUCGUUGCCCGGCGCGCUGGACGUCGUGGAUGCGCCGGCGUUUAGUUUCCCGCGGCUGAACCAGCUCGCCCUGGUCUCCAUUUACAUGCGGGAGCGCGCCCUCCAUGGCCUGCUCGCCGGUUGCCCUGUCCUCGAGGGCCUGCUGCUUGAAGGUUGCGGCGGAAUCGACCGCCUUCGGAUCAACUCGCCGACACUUCGAAGCGUCGCCGUCUGUGAUCGAUACUACACCAAGGGGAUAGUCGUGGAGAAUGCCCCGCGGCUGGAAAGAUUGAUCGGAGCCGACUGGCCUUUCACCACGCCGUACAUCACGGUAAUCUCGGCACCGAAGCUGGAGAUCUUGGGCUCAUUGGUAGACGACUUCUCUAGAUUCAGGCUACCGUCCACAGUUUCUCAGGAAAUGGUUGCUGACAACUUGAAAAUGCCGAUGCGCAGUGUGAAGGCUUUACAUCUCACAUCUUGUGGCCCUAAUCUCAAUUCAGUCGUUGUCUUCCUCAAAUUCUUUCCAUGCUUGCAGAAGUUGUAUAUCACGACAUCUCCGCAGUCGGCCAUGGAAAAUGCGUAUCAGCUUGACCCACAAGAUCCUAUUGAAUGCCUUGACCAUCUCAGAGAAAUAGUGUUGCAGUGCUACGUGGGCAAAGAAACAGAUGUUAACUUUGCCAAGUUCUUUGUUCUGCAUGCUAAAGCACUCGAGUUGAUGAAAUGUGGUGUCAAUGAUGUAUGCACAGAGGAAUGGAGAGCUGAUCAGUACAGGCGUCUGCAGUUUGACUGUAGGGCUUCUCAGAAUGCUCAGUUUGAUUUUAGAUCUGAUUUUAACCGUAGAAUUGCUAUAUGUUUCCAUGAUAAUCAGACCCUGUCCAUGGCUGAUCCCUUUGAAAGCUCUUGCAUGCUUUGUAGAAAAGGUUGGUCAGUUUGAUGCUCCCAUGGUAGAUUUUCCCAUCUUUUCUUUUGUGCAAACAUGACAAUAUUUCUUUUAUAUAUGUAAUGCCUCUCAACUUCUUAUUA